AUGGCACCACUUCAUAUACCGAAAAAAAAACCAUUGUAUGUACCUCCACAAGGUGUCCGCUGUCAAAAGUGCCUGGAAUUCGGUCAUUGGACUUUCGAGUGUAAAGGAAAGAGAAAAUUUGCUGACCGUCCGACUCGCACGACGUUGCUCAAGAGGAAUUUGAACAAGGACAGGCCCGCAAGUAUGAUCUUAUCCAAGCCUGCGAAAGAGGAGAAAUCGAAGAAAAAAAUGAAAGACGCGAAACGGAAAAAGAAAAAUGUAAACUCUUCAGACUCAGAAAGCGACAGUGACGGUUCUUCCAGCAGCGACAGCAGUGGCAGCAGCAGCAACAGCAGCAGUAGCAACAGCAACAGCAGCAGCAGCGACGAUAGCGACAGUAGCAGCAGCAGCAGCAGCAGCAGCAGCGGUAGCAGUAGCAGCAGCAACAACAGCAAGAAGAAAAGCAAAUCUGGAAAGAAGAAAUAA